UGGGGUUUAUUCGAGUGCUUGCGAUCAUAGUGUGUUCACAGAUGGCCUGCCGGACAAGUUUUCAAUGAAUAUUCUAGGUCUUUACAGUCAAAUGCCCAAAUUCACGGCAAUUAUGGAUAUAAUUCGUUUGUUAUGGAUAAUACGGAUUGUGUGGGCUGUUGAAGAUGUGUUGAUGGACUCCACAACGGCAACGGCAGAGCUGGGCUGGACGAUAUAUCCAUCACUGGGGUGGGAAGAGGUGAGUGGCUAUGACGAGAAGAUGAACACCAUCCGCACCUACCAGGUGUGUAACGUCUUCAACGCCAACCAGAACAACUGGGUGCGCACCAAAUACAUCCAGCGGCGAGGAGCCCAGCGGAUCCACGUGGAGAUGAAGUUCUCCGUGCGAGACUGCAGCAGCAUCCCUAACGUCACUGGCUCUUGCAAGGAGACUUUUAAUCUAUACUACUUCGAGGCUGACAGGGACAUAGCCACCAAGGUGUAUCCCGCAUGGAUGGAGAACCCUUGGAUCAAGGUGGAUACCAUUGCGGCCGAUGAGAGUUUCUCCCAGGUGGACCUGGGCGGUCGUGUGAUGAAGAUCAACACGGAAGUACGCAGCUUCGGGCCUGUGUCCCGCAAAGGUUUCUUCUUGGCUUUCCAGGACUAUGGAGCAUGCAUGUCUCUCAUCGCCGUGAAGGUUUUCUAUCGCAAAUGCCCCCGAGUUAUUCGGAAUGGGGCCAUCUUUGAGGAGACCUUGUCAGGUGCGGAGAGCACCUCUCUGGUCUCUGCCCGGGGCAGUUGUGUACCUAAUGGAGAGGAAGUGGAUGUUCCCAUUAAACUGUACUGCAAUGGAGAUGGGGAGUGGCUGGUACCUAUUGGGCGCUGUGUGUGCAAGGCCGGUUAUGAGUCUGUGGACAACGGGACUGUGUGUAGAGCAUGUCCAUUUGGGUCCUUCAAAGCAUCUCAAGGGGACCAGCAGUGUCUCCAGUGUCCCAUCAACAGCCGCACUACCAGCGAGGGUGCGACCAACUGUGUGUGCCGCAGUGGAUACUACCGUGCAGACUCUGACCCUCUACAGAUGCCCUGUACCACGGUUCCGUCUGCACCCCAGAGAGUGAUUUCUAGUGUGAACGAGACUUCCCUGCGGCUGGAGUGGGAUCCGCCGAAAGAGAGCGGAGGCCGGGAGGAUGUGGUCUAUAACAUCAUCUGCAAGAGCUGCGGUUCGGGUCGAGGAGCCUGCACUCGCUGCGGUGACAAUGUGCAGUUUGUGCCCCGCCAACUGGGCCUGACCGAUCCCCGGGUCCACAUCAGUGACCUGCUGGCCCACACGCAGUACACCUUUGAGAUCCAGGCUGUGAAUGGAGUGUCUGACCAGAGUCCCUUCUCACCUCAGUUCACCGCUGUCAACAUCACCACAAACCAGGCCGCUCCAUCUGCUGUGUCAAUCAUGCAUCAGGUCAGUCGAACUGUGGACAGUAUCACAUUGUCCUGGUCCCAACCAGACCAGCCCAAUGGAGUCAUUUUGGACUAUGAGCUACAAUAUUAUGGGAAGAAUACGGCAGGGUCUAACUCCUCUGUACUGCGGAGUCAGACUAAUACAGCAGUUAUCCGUGGCCUGAAGCCAGGGACCAUCUACGUGUUCCAGGUGCGGGCCAGAACAGUGGCGGGCUUUGGACGUUUAAGUGGGAAGAUGUACUUCCAAACAAUGACUGAAGAGGAGUACAGCUCCAGCCUGCAGGAGAAACUGCCCCUCAUAAUCGGCUCUGCUGCUGCUGGUGUUGUUUUUCUCAUCGCUGUGGUUGUGCUCGUUAUCGUCUGUAAUCGGAGAGGAAGUGACAGGACUGAAUCUGAAUACACUGACAAGCUUCAGCAUUACACCAGCGGCCACAUGUCUCCAGGAAUGAAGAUCUAUAUUGAUCCUUUCACAUACGAGGAUCCCAAUGAGGCAGUGCGCGAGUUCGCCAAAGAAAUAGACGUGACCUGUGUGAAAAUCGAGCAGGUCAUUGGUGCAGGUGAGUUUGGAGAGGUAUGCAGCGGUAAUCUCAGGCUUCCUGGGAAGAGGGAGAUUCUGGUGGCCAUUAAGACUCUGAAAUCAGGCUACACUGAGAAGCAGCGGCGGGACUUCCUGAGCGAAGCCAGCAUCAUGGGCCAGUUUGACCACCCCAACAUCAUCCACCUGGAAGGAGUGGUGACCAAGAGCACUCCAGUAAUGAUCAUCACUGAAUUCAUGGAGAACGGAUCACUGGACUCCUUCCUUCGGCAAAACGAUGGCCAGUUCACUGUCAUCCAGUUGGUUGGCAUGCUGCGUGGCAUUGCAGCUGGCAUGAAGUACCUCUGUGACAUGAACUACGUACAUCGUGAUCUGGCUGCCCGCAACAUCCUGGUUAACAGCAAUCUAGUCUGCAAAGUAUCCGAUUUUGGGCUUUCUCGCUUUUUGGAAGAUGACACGUCAGAUCCUACAUACACAAGUGCCCUGGGAGGGAAAAUUCCAAUACGAUGGACUGCUCCCGAGGCCAUUCAAUACAGGAAGUUCACAUCCUCGAGUGAUGUGUGGAGCUAUGGCAUCGUAAUGUGGGAGGUUAUGUCCUAUGGAGAGCGACCUUACUGGGACAUGAGCAAUCAAGAUGUAAUAAAUGCUAUCGAGCAGGAUUAUAGGUUACCUCCUCCUAUGGACUGUCCAAAUGCACUGCACCAGCUAAUGUUGGACUGCUGGCAGAAGGACAGAAACAACCGGCCGAAGUUCAAUCAGAUUGUUAACACUCUGGAUAAGAUGAUCCGUAAUCCUGGCAGCCUGAAGGCCACCACCCCUCUCUCUUCGGGCGUACAUCUACCUCUGCUGGACCGCAGCACACCAGACUUCUCCAGCUUCAGCACAGUGGAUGAAUGGCUGGACGCUAUCAAAAUGGGCCAGUACAAAGAGAACUUUGCCAAUGAAGACCUCACUACCUUUGAAGCCGUGUCUCAGAUGACUAUGGAUGACAUUCUGAGGGUGGGAGUCACACUAGCAGGCCACCAGAAGAAGAUUCUCAACAGUGUGCAGAUGAUGCGAGCCCAAAUGAACCAGAUCCAGUCAGUGGAGGUUUGACUCUUAAGAGUGGAGGAUGGGACCAGCCUGUGCACACCAGACCCCUGUGGACCUUCUCACAGAAAGACGCCCCCCUCAGCGAGCCCUCUGUCCAGAGCCCAGCAGUAGUCACUUUCUCUAGGGAUGAUCAAGAACAGAUCCCCGCAAGACCGCUUUGGUCUCGAUACUACACCAGCACACUGAAGGCAACCUGUAGUCUUUCCAAUGGCCAAAAUGAUCCAUAGAUGUCAUUCUGGCUACAUUUACAUGCAGGUCCAUAUUCCAGUAUUAUCUCUGACUUUGCAGUAUUUCUAUUCUAUGAAACCACAUAAAAGCCUCUCAUGUUGGUAUAUCUAUUAUGCAUUUCUAAUUUAAGGUGGCGGCUUUGUUAAAUAUAAAAAAAGAAUUGCCUUUUUUAUGUAAAUUCCUUGCUCUAAGAUGCUUUAUCUGUUGUUACAUUAUGAAAUGUGCUAUCGGUUACCUGCUCGAUAACUGUUUUUGCUAAAGUUCAUUAGUUCCUAAAUCAACAAGUGAAUGUAUUUCUGAGCACCUUCUGGGUCCAUUAAAAAAAGCAUUUAAAAAGUGCACCCAUUAACAUUGAAAUAUUACAAGAAGAUUCACAGAAUAAGAAUAAAAUGCAGUCACCUUUUUAUGAAAGUGUUAUAUUGUCAGAGCAUUUCCAUAUGCGGAAUAAAAGGGUUGAAAAGGUUGUUCAUGCAUGUAAAUGUAGCCACUUGCACAUUAUUUUGACUGUUAGUUUUUUUGGGUAAAUCUGCAAACUCAUUAAAUGAGAUCAAUUUUGAUUAUAUACAGUACAGCCCCUUUACUCUUUGAAAUGAUUUGGUUCUCAAAUCUAAAUCAUAUCCACCAGAUAUGUAUUGACAGGAUCAUUUAAAAUGUAAUCUUUUGUUUUGGUGUGCAUCUGAAAUGGACUAUGGACUAAUAGCAAGAAAAAAAGAAGAAACAAUUAUACAUGUGUGAUGCUCAUGUAUGAUGAGGAAUGAUCCAUGUGAUGGAUCUUGUGCUGGCAGAAUUUGCCAAUAUGGUGACUAUUAUAGAACUAUGUGAAUAGUAGGCGAAGCAACCAGUACUGGUUCAGUAUGUUUUUAUUUUGUUUGUUUUUUUGUACAAAGUAAUGUGAUAUUUUUUAUUUUCUUCAUGAGUUUUAUUUAUUUGUUUUAUACUUUAUAACACCAUUGCAUUCUAGUUAACCAUAUAAUCUUGCACCAGUGUUGUGCUACAGAUGUUCUUGUCACAUAUCGAAAGCACUUCCUGUGCUGAUUUCCUCACAGAGCCUGCCAACAGAAUAUAAUAGAGGUGCAUGCCCUUAGUGUUCAUUUUUCAUCAGAUGUCAUGUUUUGAAAAAACAGUUUCUUGUAUGUAUGUAUAUGUAUACAUAUAUAAUUAUGUGUGUGUUUGUAUAUAUAUAUACAUACAUACAUACAUGCCGGCACUUCGCAAAUAGGGUGCAAUUUGUUGUCUAAUUACUUUUUUUUUUUUUUUUUUUUAAGCAUUAGAGGCACUAAACCAAUUUUUUUGGUUUAAGAAUUAUUAAAUGUUUGACAAGCUAUUAUCUAACAUACGAUUAGCAUGAAAGUAACUAGGUUUGAACACUGGAAAUAUGGAUUUGGCCUGUCUAACUUCAUUUUCGGGCUUUUUUGCACCCUGUUUGUAGAAGUUUUGCUGUCUAUAUGAAAUAGUAUUAAAUUCUUGCCACACCUGAAGCACUGCACUCACAAAAAGCAGCUUAGGAAAUUAAAAAAUUAGAUGAAAAGAGAGAGACCUAAUGAAAAGACUUAAAGUCUGCUUUUAUUGAAAGAUAUGUUUUAUGAAUUAUGAAUUUUAACAUCAAUUUGCGCUCUUAUUUGUACAGUUUUGUGCAGUUUAUCUGAAUUUUAGUGGUGUGGCAAAGGUCAUUUUGACAGCCUGAGCUUGGACUAAGUGAAAACUUCACUGACCACCCUUUUUUUUUUUUUUUUUUUUUACAAUUUUAACGUUUGACACAAUGAACUUCAUGACAUAUUCAUAAUUAUUGUAAAGUAUUUUGCAAAAUACAUGCUUGCUUGUUUGUUGUUUUCAGUAUAUACAGUGUUGGUUAAUAAGCAGUUCUAGUCUGUUGCUCUUCCUGGAGCACAAAUAUAGUUGUUGAGUUGACACUUUUGACACUGUGACACCGUCUCUAUAAAGUGAAUGUGCUUCCUAUCAACUUGUUGACUGGUCUUCCGCAUCUAAACACUUUACACUUGUAUAGAAAUACUCUUGUUGACUUUCUUAAUAAGUUUGAAUCUCACAUAUUUUUUGCUCUUUCUGACUGGCAUACUAACUUUUAAUGUGAGACAGGGUGCUUUGUCCAUUGUAAAGCUUUGCCUGACAAACUCAGAACUGUUAAUGUGCUGCAAUAUUUAGGUAAGUAUGCCCAUAUCUAUAUUCCAUGCUUUUUUUUUUUUUUUUUUUUUUUUUUUUUUUUUUUACAUUAAAUUGCUGUUUUCUUUUUUUCAAAGUGUUGGGCAAAUUUUAACUAAAUCUAAACUAACAUUGUUAACAACAUCAUUUAUUACUGCAAAACCGUUUCUUCUUUCCCUUUUAAAAGAAGUUUUAACAAUUCACAAAAGCAUCAGGAAUCAAAUUCAUAAAGGGAAUAAAAAUAAUAAUUUCAGGCUCAGUAGACUGACAAUGUGAUUUUUAUUUUUAUUUUUUCAAAAUAUGUCAUUACCAUUAUGACAGAACAUAAGGUUGUAUGAAAAGAAUGUACAUAUGUUCAUAUAUUAGAAAAUACCUUUAUGUAUAACUUUUUUUAUACCAAUUCUAAUUGUAAUGUGGCCAUUUUUGUUUCUGUUUCACUCUCUAUUCAAUAAAAGAUCCAUUUCUUUGUGGUAAACAUAUGACUGUGGAUUAGGCCAUGUACACGCAUGCAAUAAUAUGCAGUCACUUUCAUUGACAUUAACCCAUCAUUCACGCACACACACACACACACACACACACACACUGUACUGUCCACCAUGACCACUGUGAGUGAAGCAGGAGGCUCUGGAUUUUGUAUAAAUGUAAAUUUUCUGUAACCCUGUGAAUGAUGUUGCAGUUAAAUAACUUGUAGUAUUGCUAUUGGUUUAUUUUCUAUGAAAGAACAUUUGUGGCCCAUUAUGUUUUUCUUCAAUAAAAUAUUGAGCAAGGGUCAGUGUCAUGACUCAUGUUAUAAGUGUUUUAUUUUUUUAUAGAAUGAUUCUAAAGUCUAAAUGAUUUUUUU